AUGGAAAACCCCACCUUUUUCUUGAUCUGUGAACUUUCGUUAGCGGGUGGCUGGAUUGGAUUUGCGUUUUUUGUUUGCGGGACGUUGCCGUUUUUCUGUGGUGGGAUGUUGACUUGCAUAGCGUGCUCGAAACAGCUGAAUACGAACGGAUCUCUGCCGGAACCGCCGGAGGAGGACGAAAACGCCGCCACGCCGUCGACCAAGCAUGCUAUCAAGGCCAUCACUACUCAGAUCAAGGACAUGGCAGUAAAGGCAUCUGGUGCAUACAAGAACUGCAAGCCAUGCUCGGGAUCUUCGAGCCGGGAACUUGGCCGAGACUACCUAGACUCGGAUAUCGGCUCAGUAUCCGAGAGGUUUUACGGCUCGUACAGAAGAGCGGGCAGCUCAAACUCCAUGCCUCGCCUCAGAGGAAAGGAUUUGGAAGUCAAACUGAGAGCUCUUUCGAGUGGCUCAGCCACGCCUGCUUCAGUUAGUGGUAGAACUGAGUCUGUAUUGUUCAUGGAGGAAGAUGAGCCAAAAGAAUGGGUUGCGCAGGUUGAGCCGGGCGUGUUGAUCACUUUCGUGUCAUUGCCGGAAGGUGGAAAUGAUCUGAAAAGGAUCCGAUUCAGCCGAGACAUUUUUAACAAGUGGCAAGCUCAGAGGUGGUGGGCCGAUAACUAUGACAAAGUAAUGGAAUUAUACAAUGUCCAGAGGUUUAAUCGUCAUGAAGCGCCUAUGCCAACUCCUCCACGAUCCGAAGAUGAGGCCUCAAGACCUGAAUCAGUUGAGGAAAGCCCCAUGACACCUCCACUUAGCAAAGAAAAUCUACCUCGACAUUUCCAUCGAGCGACAGCUGUCGAUCAAUCAUCAUCCGAGUCAGUUGAGCAACACAACACGGUACAGCCUCGUCAGCAUCAUGCGCCAGCUGGACUCAAUUCGACUCCGAAAUUGUCCAGCAUCAGCGCCACUAGGGCUGAGGUGUCGUCCGUUGAUGCCUCCGCACGGUCGAGCUCGAUCGACCACUCGGGAGAGCUCUCUGUUAGCAAUGCCAGUGAUUUAGAGAGUGAGUGGGUCGAGCAAGACGAGCCUGGAGUCUACAUCACCAUCAGGGCCUUGCCAGGUGGCGCUCGGGAGCUUAGGAGGGUGAGGUUCAGCCGAGAAAGAUUUGGAGAAAUGCAGGCACGAGUAUGGUGGGAUGAAAACAGAGCCCGAAUUCAACAACAAUACCUGUGACCAUUUACUCCGGAUUUCUUUUCUGGGUUAUUAUACAAAACCUUCCGGCUAUAUUCCAAUAAAGUUAUAGAUACCCUUUAACACCUUUUCAUGAUGGUGCAUUUUGUAAAAGAGAAAACACAAACAUCAAGAUGGUAUUUGACUAUUUGUUAUUGCGAAAGAUAAUCGACCAUUUUUUUUUUUCAUGGGUAAUUUAGGCUUAAUCUUGCGGGUAGAUUGUGUUUUUUCCCUGGUACUUAGGCUAAAUAGGAAUUCAUAAUGAUCCACUAUGCUGCAUUCUGUACUAGUUUCACUCGGUAGUUUUUCUAACCUUUGCAAAUUUUUUUUACUUCCCCCGUUCUUUAUAUCCCUUUUACUCGUUUUAUCCGUUUUCUAAGUAGCGUGCACUUGGUGUUAUUCUACUCUAAGUAUCAUGCGUUCGGUUUUCUUCUUUGGUGGGACGUAACAGUUUGUUGCAUUAAAAUGUUUCUUUGGAAGUUUUGAUGUACCAUGGAAUGAUGUUUUUAUGGGGAAAAUGCAGUACUUAGAUCAAGUUAGUUUAUGUAAUUUACAGAUUUUUUUUGACAGUUUUAAUGAUGAAGUGUAACGACGAUUCUUUUUUUUUUUUA